AUGAGCUUGCGGCAAGGAUCAUCCCAUCCAUGGCGGCUGACCUCUCCGCCACCAUCAAAGGCACUGCUGGGACUGCAGAGGCAGGGCUUGGAGUUGUCAGUUUCUCCUCCGCCAAAUACUCUCCGACCGACCUCAAAUCACGCGUCCGGGAGAUCGACGCCGUCAGAUCGGGAUAAGCCAUUGCCUCUGGAACCAUCGGAGGAGAAGAGGAGGUCGUCGAGUGUAUAUAGUACCGAUACGACAAUCACCAACAUCAUCCGCAUGUAUGGCGGAGGCUAUCGUGAGUUGGACGACAUCUCACCUUUGCCAACGCUGCAUCAUCCGCAGGCCUAUCGAGACACCGUUGCGCCUCUUCUCAUCAGGCGACUCAGUCUGGACCAUAGCCCAUCACUGGGGGUGAAGGAUGCGCCACGCGAGGCAGUCUCGAUCUCCUCGCUCAGAUCUGCUGCUACUUCUGCCAAUGCGGUCCCCAGCAACAAGACGGCUCCUUCGUUCACUGAGUUCUCCCGUCAGCUCCAAAGGCGCCGGAACGAACUGGUCUCGCCGCUUUCUGUGUCCUCGGCAGACCUGCAUCGACAAGCGGCGUACGAUCAACUGGCUCCGCCCUCGCCGCAAGUCUCGUCCGUUGGCCAGCCCGUAACACUCUCUCAAACCCCACCCUUGCUUGAUGCCAUGUCCGGGACGGUCUCCGACACUGACGAUUCCGACCUUCUUCCACCCCCAUUGGGCUUGAGUAGCUCGAGUCUUCCGAGUCCACCCUUCGAUGACUGGGAAAAGCCCGCUGAAUUCGAUCCUGCCCGACAUCAUGAUCCCUGUGUAGAACAAUUGCAACCGCACAACGAUGGCAGAAGUUGGUCACAAAAUUGGUUGGAGGAUGGUUCCCUCAACCAGAGUCCAGAGUCUUCACCGCUUGAACCACAGCCCCGGAAGAGCUUCCGACUGAGAAGAAGUUCGACGGAGAAGGAACGAGAGAGGGUGAUUUCUUAUGCUGAGACCAAGCAUCCAGCCAUGAAAAGAGACGGUGCUGAGCGGAAGACGGCCCGCAAUAGCAGCGCGAGAUCUAGUCUGCAACAGAACGUUACUCACUUACUCCGGUCUCUGUCGCGGAAAGGAGCCUCGGGCGGCAAAGAUAGCCAUGGGCAGGAUCUUCCACGAGAAAGACAGCUGGCUAUUCCUGCAACGCCGUAUCAAAUGUACGGUGCUGAGGUCUUCUCGGACAAACUGCAGAAGAGGCAGCAAAAAGAGGCGCGGGAGGCACAGCGGACUCGUCAACGGGGAAAAUCAGUCAGUCUCGUUACGGCCUACCAGAACAGUCAAAGUCAAAUCAUCGGCGUUCUCGAAGGGGCAAGACGCAAAUUGAGGCGGAAGUCAUCGCAGAAGAGACAGCGCAAGUUGAAGGACAGUAUCAUCGUCGUUGGCCCAAGUGCGCCGACGGGGGCUGAACACGCCAUGAAUCAAUUUGCAGUCAACGGCGACAACUCAUGGAUCUAA